GACUAAGUCCGUUUGUGUAAUUUUGUCUACAAGGUCUCAAUUUUUCGAAGCCCUGGCUUUGUGCGUGGGCCUUCCUCCUAUUGGCUAAGAAAAAGACACGGUUCCACCCGGCACUAGCGCCUUUCACGAAAGAGACAGAAUCUAAACUCCCACCAAAAGAUCACCACGCUUUCAACCUCCGCCCGCCGCCCAACGACAACACCAAGACCAGCAAUCAUGUCUACUCAGUCAGUGCAGUGUUUUGGUAAAAAGAAGACCGCCACCGCCGUUGCUCACUGCAAGGCUGGCCGCGGUCUCAUCAAGGUCAACGGACGACCUCUCUCCCUCGUCCAGCCCGAGAUCUUGCGCUUCAAGGUCUACGAGCCUCUUCUCGUUGUUGGCCUUGACAAGUUCGCCAACGUUGACAUCCGAUGUAGGGUCUCAGGAGGUGGACAUACUUCUCAAAUCUAUGCCAUCCGACAGGCCAUUGCCAAGUCUCUGAUCGCCUACUACCAGAAGUUUGUCGAUGAGCACUCCAAGAACCUCCUCAAGCAGGCUCUCGUCCAGUUCGACCGAACCCUCCUCGUUGCCGACAACCGCCGAUGCGAGCCCAAGAAGUUCGGUGGUAAGGGUGCCCGCUCUCGCUUCCAGAAGUCUUACCGUUAAACGGUUCAAGAUGUUUGUCGGAAUGGGGCAAAAAAGCGUCGAGCCGGAGCGUUGGUGCAGUGGAGGAUACUACGGGCAGUGCGAAAAAGGGACUGGAGUCACAAUUUCCCUGGUUUGGGAAUGGGUUUCCCAUCAGCAUUUGCAUGGUCUUGCUUUUGGCGGAUUGUAAAGGAUCUGGCAGGCAAAUGAAAUCUUCAAAGUUAACGACGCGGCCCGUGCUGCUACGCACUGUGAUGUUAAUGAACUGCCUCUUUGCUGGACUCGCUCUGAUACUCAGUGUCCAUCUUUCAUAUGUAAUGACCUGUUUCCAAAUUUUGACCAGAGUAUGCAAAACAGGGGCACUCUGCGAAUCUCCGUUGGGUCAAGACAAUUUCGCAGGGGAAGUGCAAUUCGCGAGCCCUGUGAAGUCAGAUUAGCGUUACUUACCAAUGGGGCUGCUGGCCGUGGUUCAAAACUAUUCCCCUUUUCCAUGCUACCAAAUUCAGUCUUGGGCUGUUCAAUGUAUCAAUACGGAGGUAGUAGUUAAAUGUUUCGUACUUGGUUGCUGUGAUGGAGACAAAUCCCAACUCCUAACUCCAGCUUUGUAAACUUAAAUCGUUUGAUCAAGC